UUUAUGUCGAACUUCAACUGAAGCACACGGGACUGUUCUCAAGUACUGAACAUUGAAGAGGUCGGUACAAAUGGCUGUUAUCUCUUCAGGGAAACCUUUUCCCCAAAAGAUAAGGGCGCAGUGCAAGUAAGUCUUGUAAGUACGUCAACUUCCAAAGUUUUGAGUGUUUGAGUGAAACUAUAGAUCAAAAAUAAGUUAUAUCGGAAAGCGAAUCUGGGUUCUCUGAAAUGGGAGAUGGAUGGGAAAUUGAAAAGUCGUCAUCUGACAAAGUUCAGAGUGCCUCCUCAAACACAAGAAGCCAUAGUAUAUCUGAGAUGAGAAACAGUGAAGGACCUCCACACGAGUUAUCGAAAUUGGAGUUUGAUUUCAAAUCUACAAGGCGGUUUUCAGAGCGCAUUGAUAUUGCGCAUUUUGAUUCGAUUUUACUGAGAGAUAACAAAACUUCAUCUUCACUUCAAGAUCUGAAGCAAGACAGAGCGCAAAACCCUGAGAAAGAAAUACUUAUUUUAUCUUGCGGAUUUGUUGGGAAUAAUUCAKUGAAUGAGAAGAUUUAUAGCUCAGAAAUUACUGUUGAAGAAGAAGAUGAAGCUUUGAAAAUUAAUAGUAAUAUGAAUAUGGAAAGAAAGAUGAUGUUGGGAAAUAUCUCUUCACCGCAGAAGUACCAAUGCUCUUCAUUUAAAGACAACGGAAAGACCAAAGAAAACAAUGGCUCACAGCGAACGAUUUUUAAAGAGAAGAACGCAAAAGAUUUCAGUGUUUUAUCAUUUGAAGGGAAAAUCGACAGCGAUGACGCUGUUAUGUCUUCACGAGAGGAUAMGGUGAGUUCGAUAGCCGUGUGUCGCGAAGAACRCGCGUCAAAAGAAACAAACCCGGCYGAAAUCAUGCACMAUAAACCGCCAAGGUUGCAAGAGAAAGACACUUCUAAAAGGAGAAUAUCAUUCAGGGCYUUAGUUCGAAUGAAAGGCUUGGGAAGAAGAAUGAGGAAGAARCAUCAAACAGCCAAAAGACGUGAGAAGUACUCUAUAAACCACAAAAACGAGAGUGGAAACAUAAAAGAGUUCAAGUCGGAUUCGAGCGCCAAACAUCUCCUCGAGUCGAGCACGAGUACUUCAGAAGAACAAACAUUGCCGCGGGCUCAACUGAAUAUCGCUCCGCGYAAGGAACAACAAAUGAAAAGUCUGCAAAGACCCGAGAGCCUGAAUCAUCACAAAGAUACCAUCUUUCAAAACUCCGACGAGUUUUCUCAUUCGYCAAGUGAGAAUAAUUGUAGCUCGGKAUAUCUARAACGGAGGAGAGGAGCUGUGUGCGAAGAACUAGAAAAGACAUUGAUUUGUGGGGAACAAUCUUUGGCGGACCUGCGAGCCAUUUUGGUCGURCAACAAAAACUAUCAGGGUUUGGUCUGCUUUAGAGUCCAAAAUAUAAGUAUAUAUAAUAAAAGUAACUGCAGUAAAAGCGCGMGAAAAGUCAUGCCAUUUUACAUGUCUUAGUUUUGGAGGGCGAUCUUUACUGACGUCAUUAGCAAUGUUUACUAAAUUGAUUAACAUGAUUCGCGCAUUCAGCCAUUAAACAAACUCGCUUUGUUAAACACUCCGCAGAAAGCACACUUUAAUGUAUCAGAAGGAGAUCAGGAGAGGAUGCUAGCUACCUCCAAUUUUGCACGGACUUAAAAAAAGUAUACAUUUUCAGAAAAUGUAUAUAAUACUCUCCGGCUCCCGCGUAAAGUGAUCUCUGAGGUCACGAAAGUGACCUUGUAUUUUCAAUCAMUCAAAAAAUGAAGGUCAAAGUUUUUUUCCAGGAACACAGCUAUUGAAAGUUACUCCUAUAUAAAAGUGGAGAGCUGAUGGUAUUUUAUGUUAAAACAACUACCUGGAGAACUUGGCAAAUGAAUGAAUAAAUCCGCUUACUACAGGGUUGUAUUCAAUAGCUGUGGCUGGCUAUUAUGCCAUGCCAAUCCUGGACGAAUAAAGUAUUCCCAAGGCUUUUUAAUGGGUUGCCUGUGGCAAAUAUACGUUUAAUUUUUCUGAUUUCUCGACAAAAUGAAAAAAUUGCCCAACAAUACCCAACGGUCGGAACAUUUCGCUGUUCUGARCCUAUUCAUAGUUGUCCAGCUUUCAGCCUAUGUAAAGGACAGGCAAUCCAGUUUACAAUCAUCAGAGAGCGUGACUAACARAUUGGUUCAUGUCGAAAUGUAGAAGUUUUGUAGCAUGUUUAACAUCGUUUAUAUGUAAAUARAAAACAGCAUUGGACCUAAGGUUGAACCUUGGGGAAUACCACAUGAAAUAGGCAGGAGAUAAUAAUUAUAUAAUAMGCCCAGGCCUCACAACAGGGAUUUUAUCAUCGUAAACAAACUUGCAAGUUCAUUAUUUACUUCAGAAUUCAAAACAUUAUUUGUGCAUGAAGUGGCUAUAAUUUUCAUCUUUGGUGGACAACUAUCUUUUUUCAUGGCYUUCUUUUUAACUGCAUGCCCGCGCACUGUAGAGCUAACUAAAAUAAAGUUCAUAUCAAUUGGUAGAAGAUUUGUUAAAAGGAAUGAAAUACUUGCAGCAAUAAGUCAAAGUAUAGAAAAAAAGAUAAAAGAAAAUCAAUUUGCUGAACAGCUGUAGUUUUCUAGGUAACAUGAUGUGUGUAUUGAUAAUAAUUAAACUUCGGUUAAUUGUAUUAUACUUUUAUUAUAUCCUUGGCACGGGUAUAGGAAAAGGGGGUAGUGAUUGUGUUUUAUUCUGUAUACUAUGUUUUUGUUUUUUAUUUUGCUUGAUUAUAACUUUUAAAACAAUUAUAUGUUUUUACUAAUAUACAGAUGGAUGCUUUCGAAUUCUUGAUGCAGAGAAGAGUUUCUUUGCUACUGAAUGUACUUUGSCUAUUGGUGUUGAUUAUAUAAUAAAUAUGACACCAGUCACCAUAAAAAAGGCUAUCGGCGCUAACAGCAGUUAUUAUUUAUAUAUUCCUAUAUCAAUGUUCAUUAUUAC